GUCGUUCGAACGAAGCAAUAGUAAGAGAGACUGAGAAAGAGAGAGAGAAAGAGAGAGAGAGUUAGAGUUAGAGGUGGUAGUAGCUAAGUACAGAGUCGGUAGCACGGACAUCAGGCUUUGUGUGUUCGCCGCGACGGUGAUGCGUCGUCGUUGUUCACCACCGUACCGUGCCGUCGUGCGCCGUGUCAGCUCAACGAGGAUCACGGAGGAGGAUAGUAGGAGCGCGCCGGUGACCGUAAACGUCACCGUCUGCGCCAAAACCGCGAAGGCGGUACGUGCCUAAUCAAACGGGGCAGUGUGUGGUGCUGUGGGGUAAGGGAUGACGAGGGCCGCGGGGGGGAUGAUAAUAGGGGUGCCGACUUGAGGACAGAAAUGUUGAAGUUCGGUAGCAAGAGCGACGUUACCGUGGUGCACCGCGCCACUAUUCGACUUUUGGACGAUUCCGAGAUUAUCCAUUGCGACUUUGAGCCUCAACACAAAGGAAUGUACAUUCUCGAAUAUGUCUGCAAGCAACUCAACAUUUUGGAAACGGACUAUUUCGGACUUCGUUACGUUGAUCAUUGUAGACAAAGACAUUGGCUGGAUCUGGGGAAAACAGCGAUCAAACAGGUGAAAGACAUGGACCCGAUUUUGUUUAGCUUUCGCGUGAAAUUCUAUCCACCCGAUCCUCUGCGGCUGAAAGAAGAGAUUACGAAGUAUCAGGUAUACCAGCAACUGAAGAGGGACCUUCUUCAUGGCCGAUUGUACUGCAGUCCUGGUGAAGCUGCAUUAUUAGCAGCAUGUAUAGUCCAAAGUGAAUUAGGAGAUUACGAUCCGGAGAUGCACGAAGGGAAUUACAUCUCUGAACACAAGUUGCUACUAAAACAGACUGAAACAAUCGAAGAGAAGGCAAUGGAACUUCAUCAAACUGAAUUGAAAGGAUUUACGCAGGAAGAAGCUGAGACACGUUUUCUCGGUUUGGCCUCGAAAUUAGACACUUAUGCCGUGGAUCCGCAUCCCGUCAAGGAUCACAGAGGUACACAAUUGUAUCUUGGUAUUAAUCAUUGUGGCAUCCUGACGUUUCAAGGAUCGCGGAAAACGCAUCAUUUCCGUUGGUCGGAGGUCCAGAAAAUUAACUACGAAGGGAAGAUGUUUAUUGUGCAUCUGACGAUAAACGAGGACGUGAGGACAAAGGUGAGUCGUUUCUUGGCAGUUGCACGUGCUAUUUGUGUCCAAAAAAAGCACACAGUCGGAUUUAAGUGUCCCACGGGCUCAAAUUGCCGUCACGUAUGGAAGUGCGCCAUCGAGCAAAUGCUGUUUUUCACUUUGCCGAAAGCAUCGGAUGCACCUGUCGUCAGUGGUGGAUCUAUAUUUUCUUGGGGCACUAAAUUCAAAUAUACAGGACGAACGGAAAGAGAAGUUCUUGAAGAAACGGGUCCACUUAGAAAGGAGGAACCACCUAUUCAACGUUGUCAGACAACGUGUCUUAGAAGAAAAGCAAGCAGUGUACCGGCUACCCCUAGCACCCCUAGUCAGGACCUUGUUGAAAUACGAUACUCCAGUCUGCCACGUAGCUGUCACAGUGCAGGCUUGGAUGGUACCGGAAUGUCCGAGGGUGGUACAGGAGUUCCUCUCAGCUCACCCUACUGUCCAGACAAUACCUUGCCUCUUCUGGAGACCGUAUCGGAGGACCAAGAGAUUCAUGCGAGGAGAAACAAUGCCGUAGACGAAAAAGAUACGCAUGCGAGUGCCACCCACAACAACACCACCACCACUACUACUACCACCACCACCACCACCACCACCACCACCACCACUACCACUACUACUACUACUUCUACUACUUCUACUACUUCUACUUCUACUACUACUACUACUAGUACUACUACCUCCGCUACUACCACAAACCACGCGAAAGUUAAACUGAAAUUUCCCAAGAGCACGCUGAACCGACCGCAAACGUUGUACAGUCAGAGAAUAGUGAUAGGCUCGGAGGAACUAGUUGGCCGUGAUAUCGAUAACGUCGUUAGGCAACGUAUAAAUGCCCUUGAAAAGAGUCCCAAGGUCGUCAGAUCUACCGCAUUGAUAAUCAAGACCUCGAAGGUACCAGUUGUUAAGCCUUCAUUGACUUCGGUAUCCUUCUCCUCUUCCUCAUCAUUGUCGUCGCAUACAGCGACUACUAGCAUCACUGCUACUACUAUUGCUACACCGACAACAACAACAAUAACAACAAUGACAGGAGCAGCAAUGUCAUUGACGUCGAAGAAGUAUGUCUCGAACGGAAGCGUUUCAACGAAUAAAACAAAGAUAAACGUCGACGUUCCCGACGGGACGGAAAUCAACUCGUUUCGUGACGAUUUUUGUCAGGUAAGAAAGGUCCAAAGUCGAUACGACUGCAACACCGAGAUGACAAUUCGAGACUCGAAAAAUAUUACGAAGACGACGACAACAUCGAUCACAAAUAUCAACUCGAAAGAUUCGACGGCAACUACGAAUGGUUGCGUUUACUACGAUCAUCGGCAAUCAUCUCGGAAUAACGAUCGAAAUGGGAUCGAUUCUGUUUUGAAAUCAGUCGGUCAGCACGAGGGCGAGGCAAACGAUUAUUACUUCAGAGAUUCCUUCGAUCAUUCGUCAUCAGAGAGUCAGCUGUUGGAUGCAUCCGGUAAACCUCAUAGUCGGUCGGUAACACCAGUACCAAAAAUGCAAAAGCUUCAAAAUUCCAAGCUUUGUUUACAACAAAAGCAUCAACAUCAACACCAGCAGCAACAACAACAACAACAUCAUCAACAACAAUUAAAACAACAACAACAACAACAACAACAACAAUCGCAUCUGGCUCGUAGAUUCCAAGGAAAGUUAAGGCAUAGGAGUCUGCGAAUCCUUCGACGCUUCGUUCCGGCCUUCAUGCUUGCCCUAACAGUGUUUUUUGUCAGUCUCGUAUUAAUCUUCGAAACGGAUGCUACUAUAUUCAACAGCCUGCGUAAGACGCCAGAAAUGGUGGCCUUAAGGAACCAAUACUAUGUCCCCCUAAAGGAGUUCCUCAGGACCAAGUUCGGCCUAUUUUGAUGCGACCCAAUGAUGAUGACCAGUUCAAGGUCGUCUACUUUUGUCGCCGCGUAGCUUCUCUUCAGUGCCAAGUCGAAGAUUCCGAGUGACCGAGCUCCGUGCUUGUGUCGGGACGAUCAUGAUGAUAAUGAUGAUAAUGAAUGACGAUGAUAUGAUCAUGACGACGAUAAUGAUAAUGAUAAUGAUUAGAAGAAUGGUUUGCAUGACGAUGAUGAUUGUGAUGAUGUUGGAGAAGGAACGUGUCAUUUUUCUUUCUCUCUC